GUGAGAGGAAGGUUGAGGAAGAGUGAUAACAACUGUGUGUGAUGCUCAAAAUGAAGUCAGGGUUGGGCAGGGAAACAAUGGAAAUCUACUAACUACAAAUUAACUCCUUCGCCUCACAUUCAUGUGUAAAGAUAUGGCUCUGGAGCUAAGGCUUCACAGCCCAUGUGGUGGAGAACCAGCAAUCUAUCAAUGGCCUUUAACAGCAUCGGAUAAAUAUGACAGGGCCACUGAAAUUGUUGACACUAUAAGAUGGGUUUGUGAAGAUUUUCCUGAGCUAAAACUAGCAAUGGAAAAUUAUGUACUCCAUGAUUAUGAUACAAAAAGUUAUGAAAGUAUGAAAAAAUUAUGUGAUAAGUACAAUAGAGCAAUUGAUAGCAUUUUGCAACUGUGGAAAGGCACAUCUAGACCUGCCCAACUUCAGACCAAACCCAGCAAUGGCUUGCUUCGCCACAUAUUACAACAGGUUUAUAAUCAAGCAGUCACAGAUCCAGAAAAAUUAAAUCAGUAUGAACCCUUCUCACCUGAGGUUUAUGGAGAAACAUCCUUUGAAUUUAUUACUCAAAUGAUUGGAGAAUUAGAUAUUACUGAAGAUGAUAUUUUCAUUGAUCUCGGCAGUGGUGUGGGACAAGUUGUUUUGCAAAUGGCAGCCACUACACCCUGCAAAAAGUGCAUUGGAAUUGAAAAGGCUGAUGUGCCAGCUAAAUAUGCAGAGGAGAUGGAUAGAACAUUUCGAUUUUGGAUGAAAUGGUAUGGAAAGAAGUAUGGUGAAUACAUUCUUUUGCGUGGAGACUUUUUGUCCGAAGAGCAUAGAGAUACCCUCCUGAAUGCUACCUUGCUCUUUGUGAACAAUUUCGCGUUUGGGCCAAAUGUAGACCAUAUGCUCAAGAUGCGUUUUGCCGACAUCAAAGAUGAGGCAAGAGUUGUGUCUUCUAAAGCUUUUUGUCCACUGAAUUUUCGAAUCACAGACAGAAAUCUUAGCGAUAUUGGCACUAUAAUGAAUGUAAGAGAAAUAACACCUUUAAAGGGCUCAGUUUCAUGGACUGGAAAACCGGUUUCAUAUUUCUUGCAUACUAUAGAUCGUACAAAGCUGGAACAUUAUUUUCAGAGGAUAAAAAAUCCUAGAAUUAAGGAUGAAGAUCUUCCUCUUAAUCGAGCUAAACGCUUGAAGAAUGGAAUUUCAAACCCCUGUAUUUUGGAUUCUUCAUCUAAUGACUCCAAAGAAGAAAGUUCACUCUCUGGACCUACUACCCGAAAGGCUUGGUCGGAUUGGUGUAGCAACAAAAUAAAAGUUAGCUCUGUAACAAAUAGUGGUCAAGAUAGUAAUGAAGAGAAUGAACCCAUGAAGCGCAAUUGUAAUUCUGUGGAUGGUAUGCUGAAAAGCCGAAAGCUAAGGCGGUCUGAGAGAAAGAGAGGACCAGGAAGACCAAAGAAAAAUACAGCAAAAGCCAAAAGAAACAAGCCAUUGAAGUUCAGUGGCUUAGAUCUUCUUCAUGCUCAAACUGUACUUAGCACAUCAAAUUCAGUGAAUUCUGAUCCUGCACCUGGUUGUAUUGAUCAAAAACUGAGUAACACUGUUCCAUCAACUCAAGAGCAUCAGUUGGAAAAUUCAAAUGUUAUCGAUACUUUCAUGUUAGCUCAGAAACGUUUGAUAUUGGAUUUCAUUGAAUGCAUGAAAUCAGCAGGUUAUAAAAAUUUACUUGAGAAACAAAUAGAAGAAGAAAAGGAACGCAGCAAACAGUUAAAGAAGUAUGUUUUUAAUCUCAGAACAGUUGUUGGUUGCUUGAAAGAGGAAGGAGUAUCGUUAUUAAAAAACAGAUUCUCAGUGUUAGGCUACACAAUCAACAAUUCAAAUGAUUUAAAUUCCCAGAUUAAUAACAGUAUAAGAGAAUAUAUGAAGCAGUGCUCUGUUGCCCAACAGCUGAAAACUGAAAUAUCUGAGCUAGAAAUGGAAUACAAAAAACUGAAAAGACCCCGUCUUGACAAAAUUGAUGAAGCACAUUUUAGUGAAAUAUUGCAGAAAGAAAUAACAGCUCAUAAAGAAAAUGUUGAAAAUUCUCAGAGAAAAAGUAGAGAAAAGACACCUCAGAAAGUGGCCUUUCGAGACAUAUCCCAUAAAAACACAGUUGAUAGUAAAAAAUGUCAUUCGGAUAUAAAAGCUCACCAUUUAUCCCCUAAACAGCAAAGAAUCCAUGAUAGUAUAAUCAUUCCAAACUUUCAGGACCGAAUAAAAACCAUCAUAGCAUCUGCUUUAAAAGAUCCUCAGGUUCCAAAUGCUAACUCUGGAUCAUCAGCUACUAAGCAUAAAGAUAAUUCAAAUGCCAUAGGGACAACUAUUUCUGCUUCAUCUCACAAAAGCUGUGGGGAAACAUUUAGCAAAGGGGAUGAACUUACAUCUAGAGGAAGUAAUGCUACUAAUAGAUCAAAAUAUAUCACAAAUACUGAAAAUAAACACAUCAGCGUAACAAAUUACCACGAUUCUUCUGCUAAAGAGUACAAAAAGCAUGUUAAUAGUUUUAAGCAAGUUGAACUAUCGGAUCCAGAAGUCUCUAGUAGUUUAAAUAAUGUAGCAUAUUCACCAAUCAGUCCUAGUCGUACUCCUCCACCAUCGAAUAGCCCUGCCAUUCAUUCCCAAGAAGGCCCUGUAAAAUCUGUGUUGUCUGGCUAUUCAGUUAAUCUUGGCUUAUCUGUUACCAGAAGUUUUUCCCAAGAAUAUUCCAAUAAAACAAGAAUUUCGGGGCUAAAUUCAAGCAGUUGCAGUAAAAAUAAAGGUGAAAUAUCAAAGCAUAUCCAUGAUAAGAGUAGUUUAAAAUCAACAUCUCAUCUCUCUCAUUCAGUAGAAACAAAUAAAUAUAAAGAACCUGUUUCAUCAAAAAGUGCAAAUUCCAGACUUGAUCCUCAUCAGUCGAGCUCGAGUUUGGGAAGAGAAGAAAUGUAUGAUAGGAAGCAGAAACAUAAGCAUAGUAGUUCUCUUGAUGCUUUAAAAGAUAGAAGAAUAAAACAACGUGGAAGUUCUCAUCAUACUAAUGAAAGUAGAAAAAGUUCCAAAAGGGAAAGUUAUACAAAAGCUUCCAACUCCAAAUUUGAUUCAAAAAGGUCACAUUCUAAGCAUUCACAUUCAUCAUCUAGCAAAUUUUCAGGGAGUUCGUCUAAUAAAGAAAGAAGCAGUGGACAUAAUCAAUCCCAUGGUCAAAAGUGGCAAACCAAAGUCAGCAUUGGGUUUGACAAAUUGCUUGCUUUAGCAUCAACUCAGUUACAUCAUGUGAGUAGAGAGUAUAAAAGUAUUCAGGAAAAGAAGUCAAAAGAAGACAGCAUGAAAUCCUCCCAAAAAUCAGAUAAAUACAUUACUCCUCACAUUAGAUUGAAUAAAGAGUCAAGUGCUCCGCAAAAAAAUACUUUUGCUGACCAUUCAAGAAUAGUUUCUCAGGCAGAACCUCACAAAGCUUCCGGUCCAAAACCCAGUAAUGUAAACAGAUCAAAAAAGGGCCCUAGAACCCCUCCAGAUACACCACCUCGAACACCUUCUGUUUCACCUGAGAGAAGAGUUUCAGAAUCUCCAUAUUUUCAGUCUCAUAGCCCAAUAAGUAGCGCUGAGAGUGUAAGCAGUAAUCGUAGUUCUCUUAGCCCCCCAUAUAUCAGCCCAGCUCGAGGAAGUAGUAAGGAUAGGUCUAGAUCCACUAGCCCUUACAGUAGUCGAGCAUCGAGUUCUGAAAGGCAUGGUGAUAAAUUUUCUACAAGAAAUUCGAAAAAUGGUUCUUAUGAAAAUGAUGAACACCAGAAAAAAGCACAAGCAAAAUGCAGAUGGCAGUCCAAAAAUAGCAAAUCAGACUAUCAGCAACGGUCUUGGACUAAAGACAAAGAUUCUUCAAAAUCCAAACCUGCUCAGAUGCAACAUAAAAGCAGUUCAAAAAGUGAUGCAUCAACAUCAGAAAAAUCUGCUGCUUCAUCUAUGGGAAAUUGUGAUGUAAUGAGGCAGUUAGACUAUGUGUCUCAGCAGGCUAAAGAUGUUUUAGCUCAUGCACCAAAUGGAUAUUCUGUUGUAAUGACACCAUCACCGUUGCAUGCAAUUUAUGUUCCAACUGCAGGAGUGUGCAAUCAACCACCUUUACCACCUCGACCACAGACAUUAACUUCGAAAUCAAGCAAUGCCAAUUAUUCUGUUAGCAAUGGUUGCACCCCUUCUAUGUCUACUAAUCCUAUCCUCAAUUUCACCAUACCACCACCAAAUUUUAGUAUGCCGCCACCACAUCCUUCCUCGGGCUCGGUUAAUAUGUCACAAAUGUUAUCUACUCCUCAACAGGUUCAACCAAUUCAGCUGCCAGAUGUUACUGUUCCACCUCCAAACAUGGUGUCAGUCAAUUCAUAUCUUUCAUCAUCUAGUAUUCAGUCUUGUCCACCACAACUUGAACCAGCUGUACCAAAUAAUCAUGUAUAUAGACAAACAUCUCAAUCUCAUCCACCACCACUUCCUCCUACUGUAUCUCCUGCUUCCCCAUUUAAUACAAUGGUGCAAAAUCAACUGUAUAGAGCAAAUCAGAAGUCACUGAAUAAUGGAACUUCUACACACCAGCUAGACUACAGGCAUUGUGCUCUACCUGGAAAUGGAAAUAGCAAUUAUUAUUCAGCUCAAGCUCACUUUAUGGCAUAAACAUGGAUUUGCUACCUCAUCUUUAGAAAGAGCAUGUACCUCUUUUGGCUGGCCAGUGGAUGUUGUAGAAGUCCGAGCCAUUAAAUGUCAACACUGCCACAAAAAAGCUUUGUUAUCUUCAACCUCGCAAGUACAAAGUCAUUGUUUGAAGAUGGGAGCUUUUUUUUUUUAAUCAUUUCUCAGCAAUUCAUAUUCCUUUCAUGGAAAAGUAUACAAUUCCAUGCAAGAUUGUGAGAGAAGCAGUGUAUGCUUAUGCAUUAUUGUACGCUUAGUGUCCAAAAGUCACAUUUAACAUAUUUUGUUUGCGUUGAAUGCCAUUGUUUAAAUUAUCUUGCACUGCAAGUUUGCACACUUAUCAUAUGUGAAAGAAGUUAAUCUUUCUUAAAUCUUAACUUUCUAGUGAGUUGAAAUUUGUAUAAGCUUAAAAUGUUUUACUCACUAUUUAGAAACAAAUAUCAUAUAUGUAAUUCAGUUUUUCAUGGGAAGACUUAUUCACCCCCUCCCCCCUUUAUGCUAUUAUUUUUUAAUAUACAAAAUAGAUUUGCAUUAUUACACAUUUUUGAUGUGGACCUUCAAAUGUGGGGCGUUCAAUUUGGCUCUAUAAGAACUAAAGCAAGUGUGAAAUUUAUCUUACUUUUUCUAGAAGACAAUUCAGGUCUAAAGUGACUUUUUAGUAGAAUUUGCCUUAAUUUAUCAUCAUUAGUUUCAGUAUUGCUGAAAAGUGUUUACUUGUUACGUGACUUUUGGACAUAUCUGCUUAUUCUCUCAGAUAACUAUUUUUAUCAUUUUUGUUCUACGUAAGGAUAGAAGCAAUGUAGCAAAUUUAAAAUGCAUGAUUGUUCAAGUUUUGUGCUGCUUUUAUUUAUGUUAUAGUGAGGAAAAAGCAAUGUAGAUAAUUUAAAAUGAAUAAUUAUCCUGUUUUGUGCCGUUUUAAUUUGUUACAAAAAUUAAGAAGCAAUUCAGCGAAUUUACAAUGCAUAAUUAUUCUGUUUUGUGAUGUUUUAAUUUAUGUUAAAAAGAGGAAGAAGCAAUUCAGCGAAUUUACAAAUCAUAGUUAUCCUGUUUUGUGCUGUUUUAAUUUAUGUUGUGAAAAGGAAGAUUUAUAAAUAGUUAAAUUGAACUUGGCCUAAUGAGUUAAAACAUGUUUCUAUGUCCUAAUUCUUAAAUUUUUGAUUUGUCAUAAAAAAUAAUUUAUAAAUCAAUUCAAAAAAAUAUUUUGAAACUGUCGGUGAUUUGUUGAAAGCUGGAGUUCAAAAAUCCUCUGCCUCAAAAAAAAAAAAA